AUGCCGGAAUAUAGCGGGUUUGACUAUGGCGCUGCACCGCUAAUGGCUGUCGACGCUACCUAUGGCAUGUCUAUACCACCGCCCUAUGCCUCGAUGCCUCUCCCAAUGCCUUCGCAUGCCUGGCCCAGCAUGCUUACGCACCAAUCUGCCUUCCACGAGUCGGGAUUGCCUCCAGUCUCGGUUCCAGCCUCAGUUUCACCCUCUGCGCCAAUGCCCCCGACUCGGAAGACAUCCACGGGGGGUGCAACGCCGCGGAGGACGCUUACCGAUGAAGAUCGACGACAGAUGUGUUUAUACCAUGAGGAAAAUAAACAGGCCAAACAAACUGAUAUUGGAGCACUAUUUGGAGUGGAAAGAAGCACUGUUUCCAAGGUUCUCCGCCAGAAAGAGAAAUAUCUCAACCGCGAUGAUGGGAGUCGGUCACCCAUCAAACGGGCCAAGGGCAGAGUCCCUGAUGUCGAGAAGGCGCUAUCAAACUGGGCAAGAAAUUACCAACUCUCGGGCCACACUCUCAAUGAUCAAAAUAUCAAGGAGAAAGUGCGCUUUUUCGCAAGCACCUGUGGGUGUCCUGAGAGCAAGGAGAAAGUGCUGUCCGCAAGCUGGUUGGAGAAAUUCAAGCAGGAGAAUACAUUGCCCGUCGCAAAGUCCCGAAAGGGCUCUGGAGGUCGCAAGGGCGUGCGCAGCAACUCGAACAGUCCAACCCGCAUUAAUACCGAUUCGGCCAACGAAUCGACCGUUCACAGCCCGAGUGGACGCUCGACUGUAUCCCCUAAUGGCUUUGGCUCGCCCCUUUCUCCUACACAUAGUCACGAGGGCAUGAAGCAGGAGGGAACUGAUGAGGUUCCCGAGUUGGCAGGUGGCUGUCAACAUGGUUAUUCAACAAGCGCCACUGCGUUGGAUACCACCUCCUAUUCAGUUGGGAUGACUAGUCCUACCUCUACACUAGUGUCCGACAGCCCCUUCACUCCAACAAGCCAACAUCGCCUCCCAACCGCCGGGCCCAACAUGAACCGUCCCCGCAGCCAAACAUUCCCCCUGGUCCCGAUUGACCCCAGCCUCUUGUCCGCCGACGACUCGCAGUGCGCGAAGACCGACCAACAAAUGGGUGUGACUAUCCUCGAGUCACCAUUGGAAAUGGACGAUCACGAAUCUCACAUGGCGAUCAAGGGAACCGAUCCAAUCAAGAUGAUCAAGCGCAACCGCAGCGACCCGGAUAUUAAGACUGAAUCGAUGCAGCCGCCACCUAGCAUCUCCAAGUCUAGUACUGUGUCUCCAAUCAAUGCAACUAGCUCCCCAACGCAGGACGAGGCAAGACGUGCAUUGGAGGUUAUCAUAGAUUACUUCCAAAGCCAGCCUACUGGGCUUGCUGCCCUGGAAUAUGUGACCAUCGGCAAGUUGAUGGAGCGCCUUGAGCUGACGAAGAACCAACAUGGUCCCCUCCUAGGUGGGUUGACGAGGAUUGAUGAGCACGAUGACGUUCCUCGUGUCAGCAAGAAACGGAGCAUCCAAAACAUUGCGUGA